CUUCUCUCUCUCUCUCUCUAUCUGCAGAAGAAGCUCAGAUACAGAAACUGACUACAAAGAACAAAGCUGAGGGGGAAAAAAGUUGUUCUUUUCUUCCUUUGCUAGUCACAACCCCAACAAGACUUUGUUGUGUGUUGCCAUAGGCUAUUAAAACACACCCUGUAACACAAUACAGAAAGGUUGAAACACCAAUAAUCUCAAAAAGCAGCCAACACUCUCUCCCAUGGAUUUGCAACUGAAACAAUGGAGAAGCCAGCAGGUGCAGGAGACAGAGCCAGAAGAACAACCUUCUGCAGCAAAAAUACCAAAGCAUGUCUUUGAUCAGUUUCAAUCUCAAACUGCAACUUCUACUGCUCUUCCACUCUUCACCCCUGAUCCUACACCUUCCAAACUCUCCUCUUUGUCUCAUGAUUCUUCUGCCAGGUUCCCCAAGAUGGGGAGCUUCUUUAGCUGGGCACAGUGGCAAGAGCUUGAACUACAAGCACUGAUCUACAGGUACAUGUUGGCUGGAGCUGCAGUUCCACAAGAGCUUCUUUUACCAAUCAAGAAAAGUCUUCUCCAUCUUUCUCCUUCCUACUUCCUUCACCAACACCUCCCUCAUUACCAGCCUGCUUGGUAUUUAGGGAGGGGGGCGAUGGAUCCUGAGCCGGGGAGAUGCAGGAGAACGGAUGGUAAGAAGUGGAGAUGCUCAAGAGACGUCUUCGCUGGCCACAAGUAUUGCGAGCGCCACAUGCACCGUGGCCGCAACCGUUCAAGAAAGCCUGUGGAAAAUCCAACCGUCAACGCCACCACCACCACUACCAUGGCUGCUGCUGCUGCAGCCACACCUGCUGCUGCAACAACAACUACUUCGUUUGCUUUUGGCGGUGGUGAAGAAGUGGGUCAAGGAGGAUCUCCUUGUUUCUUCUUCUCUGGCUCUUCCAACUCUUCAUCUGAACUUCUCAACCUUAGUCAAAGUUGUACAGAGAUGAAGCAAGACACCAACAACAACAACAACAAGAGGCCGUACGAGUCACAUAAUGGAUUUGGCAACAACACAUCAGACGGAGGCCACACUUUAAGACACUUCUUUGACGACUGGCCUCGUUCUGAAGCCGACAAUAGUUCAAGCCCUAUGACCUCAGCUACUUGCCUCUCUAUCUCCAUGCCAGGAAACUCUUCCUCAGACGUCUCUCUGAAGCUGUCCACUGGCAACGAAGAGGAGGAAGCUAGGAGCAAUAACAAUGGGAGGGACCAACAAAACAUGAGCAGCUGGUGGAGCGGUGGAGUGUCCCAUCACAACAACAACCACAUGGGCGGACCGUUGGCUGAAGCCUUGAGAUCUUCCUCCUCGACUUCCCCAACCAGUGUUCUCCAACAGCUCGGUGUUACAACACAAGCCUUUCAUUGAACAUUGUAGAACCAACACAACAUUGUUUGUUUUUUACUGUUUUUUUUUUGUUUUUUUUCAUUGAACAAUGUAUCUGUAACAGUUCUUUGCAGAUUUGCCUCUCAACAGAUUUUAUGCAUACACAAAUAUCUCUA